AUGAACAACGGACGCUCGAACGGCAACGAUCUCUCCUUCUGGAGGGACGAAGAUGCUGAGGUGCCCAAAGCACUCGAGCCAAAGCUCACAACAGUUUCACCGCCAUACUCAACAGCCACAUCACGAAACGACUACUCACGGUCGGCAGCAGCCUCCUUCACAGAUGAGAAGCCCAGCACAUAUUUCCACUCACGACGGAAAGCCAAAGGCGAUAUAGAAAAGCCGUGGUUGAGGGAGAAGAAUCAUCGACAAGCCUGGCUGACAUGGUUCCCAAUAAUCGGCAUCAUACUCGGAAUCGGAUGCACGGGAGCGCUUGUGUGGGAUGGCUUACAGCAAAAUAAACUGCCAGGAUACUGCCAAAUUCUGGAUGAGGACUUCUCACAAGGCCUCCGAGACAGCAUCUGGACCAAAGAAGCCGAGGUUGGAGGGUACGGAAAUGGGCAAUUCGAGGAGACUACGGUCACCGAUGAGAAUGUAUUCAUCGAGAACGGCAUGCUCGUCAUCAAGCCAACAGUCCAGGAUGAGGACCUCAUCUACAAGAACAACGUCAUCAAUCUCAUCGAGGACAAAGUCUGCACAGCAGAGGGCAUGCCAUGGGACAGUUGCGUCACUUCGACAAACACAACAAACGGCACGAUAGUCAACCCCGUCAAAAGCGGUCGUGUCAACAGCAAGAAGGGCGCGACAAUCCGAUAUGGCAAGAUCGAAGUCGAAGCUCAGCUGCCCAGCGGUGACUGGCUCUGGCCCGCCAUCUGGAUGUUGCCUGUAAACAACACCUACGGCCCGUGGCCGCUCUCGGGCGAGAUUGAUAUCUGCGAGUCACGUGGCAACAAUUACACAUACAUCAUGGGCGGCGACAACAUCGUCUCAAGCGCUCUGCAUUGGGGGCCCGACUUCGCCAACGAUGCCUGGUGGCGCACCAACUCACGCAAGAACGCGCUGCACUCGACCUUCUCGGACAAGUUCCAUACGUUUGGUCUCGUCUGGACGCCCGAUUUCCUGUAUACGUACAUCGACACGCAGCUGUUGCAGGUGCUCUACACCAAAUUCAAGGAACCACUCUGGCAACGAGGCAACUUCCCCCUCGCCAUGCCCAACGGCACCGCCUACACCGAUCCCUGGUCCAAGACCGGCAACCCCAGCGCACCGUUCGACCAGCCCUUCUACUUGAUCCUCAACGUCGCCGUCGGCGGCAGCAACGGGUGGUUCACCGACGGCAAGAACGGAAAGCCGUGGGUCAACAACAGUCCUAACAGUCGCGUCACCUUCUGGAACGACCGCGACCAGUGGUCCAAGACGUGGACGGAGCCCGAGGCGGUAAGGCCGGGACGAAGAGUAUGGGUGAGAUGA